AUGGCGGGGCGGGCGGCUGAGGCGCCCCCGGCCGCCACCCUCCGCCGCUGGGAACGAGAGCAGGCCCAGCUGCAAGCCAGCGUGGUGGAGCAGGACACUGAGGAGUGGCAGAAAGAUCCGAGCUUUGCAGGACUGGAGAGAGUGGGAGGUGUGGACUUAUCCUAUAUCAAAGGAGAUGACAGCAGAGCCUGUGCUUCCCUGGUCAUCCUCAGCUACCCGGCUCUUGAGGUGCUGUAUGAGGACUGCCGGAUGGUGGCCGUGAGCGCCCCGUACGUGGCCGGGUUCUUGGCCUUCCGUGAGGUCCCUUUCCUGGUGGAAGCUGUUCAGAGACUUCAGCAGGAGCAGCCCAGACUCAAACCUCAGGUGCUUCUUGUGGAUGGCAAUGGCCUGCUCCAUCCCAGAGGAUUUGGAGUGGCCUGUCACCUCGGAGUCUUGACGGAUCUCCCGUGCAUUGGAGUGGCCAAGAACCUCCUCCAGGUGGAUGGUUUGGCUAAGGAUGAGCUGCACAAAGAGCAGAUUCGUUCCUUGCAGAAGGGAGGAGAUACUUUCCCACUCACAGGCACCUCAGGGAGAGUCCUGGGCAUGGUGCUGCGCAGCCACAACAAGAGCUCCAAGCCCCUGUACGUGUCCGUGGGUCACCGGGUGUGCCUGCAGACAGCCGUGGGGCUGGUCAGGUCCUGCUGCAGGUACCGCAUCCCGGAGCCCAUCCGCCAGGCUGACAUCAGAUCGAGGGAGUACAUUCGGAAGCAGCUGUGGUCACCUCUGGAGGUCGCGUCUUCUGAGCCAGAGAGAAGAAAGGAGGCUGAGCUGGAUGGUUAGUCUGAUGCCAGAAGAAACUACCGGGCUCCUCUUCACUGGAUCCUCCCCUCCACCAGCCUGUGGUCCUGCUGGGUGCAGGGAGAGCAGCACAAGGCCACAUCAGACAGGACCAGCAGCCACUACACUGCUCUGGCCCAUGGCCCAGCAGCUCCUCUUCCAGGAUAACGUUUAGGACACGUUUCUUAUAGUUGUUUUUUGAGCACUGUAAAGCAAAGUUUCUGUAAGUGAAGGGGCACUUGUAAGUUUGCUGCAACUUCCUUGAGUACUCAGGCAGUUUUAGGAGGUGAUUUACAAAGAGAUGCUGAGGCACUUCUAAACAAACUGCAGAGCUGGCCUUUGGCUCCCACAGCACCUGUGUGGCACAGAGACUGCCCUUCUCCUCGCCUUUGGACCCACAGCCCGUGUGCUCACGGUGGGAGCAGGAGCCAGCGCAGCCGCAGCCCCGCCUGGGCCCGCCAGACAGAGGAUGCUGUUCCAGGUGUGUGUGUGACUCAGAGGGAGAGGAUGAAACCAACAGCCUGCUGUGGAGUUUGGAAGAGGCUUAGAGGCCUGUGCUGUUACCUGAGGAGCUCUCUGUCUGUUGAGUGUCUGUGGCUGCUGUGUGCCUCUGGGACAGACGGCAGCAGCCCAGCCUCAGUGAGUCAUGUCUGCGCUGGACACACAGUGCUGUGGGGUUGCUGGUCCCAGUGGGCACUUGCUCUGUGUGGCUGCUGGAGCCCAGUUUGGGUGGAAGGACACUGUACCAGACUGUGUUGCUGUUCCUGUCUCGCUCUGUGCAGUGGCUCCCAGGGCAUUCGUGGUGCAGACCAGCUCUACCUGAAGGAAAGAUCAUCUCAGGGGAAGGAAUUCCCCACCAAGGACUGGGGAGGGAGGUCCUGAGACACAAAUCAGUCAGGAUGUUGUCCUGGGCUUGGAGAGGGCUGCUUGGAGUCAGGGCCCUGUGCUCUGGUUUCAAUGCUGCCAGGUACUUUUGCAUAUG